AUGGAAAUGGACAUGCUAAAAAAACUGCAAGACUACUGCGUCCGCCACGGAAUGCCAUUGCCCACCAUUCAGAUCUCGGAGAAGAAGGAUAAUCGGCCAGCCCCGGAAUUCGAGGUCUGCUGCUCCGUGGCUUCGAUAGUUCGCUAUGCGAAGGCGACUAACAAAGAAGAAGCCGAAAAGCGAGCUGCUGUCGAAAUGCUGGCCGUCAUCUCUAAUGACGCGGAAGAGUUGGUUCCGUAUGAAAAGGAGGUGAAAGGCCAGCAAACUAAGGAAUAUCUUAAACUAAGAGCUGUUCUAGAUAUUUUUGAGGCAGAGCGCGGUUCGGUUGUUACUGGUUUGCGCCUCUGCGAUCGCCAUAACUACUUCAAGAACUUCCAACCUGCCCUGAAGCAAGCUGCCUUCGAUGUCAUCGAGUCAGAGGGCUACUCCAGCUACAAGGACAAAGCUCUGAGUCUGCUGACCGCACUGGAAAUAACACCCACAACCAGAACUUUGGAGUCCAAAGCGGAGGAACCCAUACUGUGCAUCGAGCUGAAUUGUGACUUGGAUGUGGUCUUUGUGGAUCUGGAAAGCCAGAUUUACGAACAAAUGAUAGAGUAUCUGAGAAAUAUGUUGGUCUAA